AUGCGAUGCCCAGAAGCUGGCUCCAUUCAUCAAGAAAUACUUGAAAUCCGCCGUGGUCAAUGGAAAGCUGAUCCAAAACCAAGGGAAAAGGGGCGUCUGGCUCAUUUAAACUGUCCGGCCUCCGCCAAGAAGGAUCCGAAGCCGAAGCCUGCGUCUGCUGAGAAGAAGGUGAAAAGCAAGAAGGUAGCCGUCAAGAAGACCGGAUCCACCGCCAAGAAAGCUGCCGCCGGAGCUGACGAGAAGAAGCCCAAGGCUAAGAAGGCUGUUACCACCAAAAAGACCGCAGAGAAGAAGAAAACCGAAAAGGCAAAGGCCAAGGAUGCCAAGAAAACUGGAACCGUAAAGGCGAAGCCAACAGCAGCGAAGGCCAAGUCGAUCGCAGCGAAGCCAAAGGCGGCGAAAGCACCAAAGGGCCAAGCCAGCGGCGUCUGCUAA